UCAAAAAUGCUGGAGAUUCAGUUGCGUUCUCACACCGUAAGGUCUCAUGGAGUUCAAGUGGCGAGGUUUCAUAUGCAUGAUUGGCUGAUUCUGGUGGUUCUUGCGGCCAUAUAUCUUGGUCUGAACUUGAUAGAGCCUUUUCACCGCUUUGUUGGAGAGGAUAUGAUGACAGACCUGAAAUACCCAUUGAAAGGCAAUACAGUUCCCUUCUGGGGUGUUCCGAUAAUUGCAAUACUGUUACCGCUUGCCAUCAUUGUUGUCUACUACUUCAUCAGAAGGGAUGUCUAUGAUCUGCACCAUGCCAUUUUAGGCCUUCUGUUUUCUGUCUUUAUAACCGCUGUUUUAACUGAAGCAAUCAAAGAUGGUGUUGGACGACCUCGUCCAGACUUUUUUUGGCGUUGUUUCCCUGAUGGAAAAGGGGUGUUUGAUCCUGUCACAAAGAAUGUCAUGUGUACUGGAGAGAAGAGUGUCAUUAAGGAAGGACACAAAAGCUUCCCAAGCGGGCAUGCUUCAGGGUCCUUCGCAGGUCUUACUUUCAUUGCAUGGUACUUGUCAGGGAAAGUGAGGGUGUUUGAUCGCAAGGGGCAUGUUGCAAAACUCUGUAUUGUCUUUUCUCCAUUACUUCUUGCAGCACUGGUAGCAGUUUCUCGAGUUGAUGACUACUGGCAUCACUGGCAAGAUGUUUUUGCUGGAGGUCUUCUAGGAGUCAUUGUUUCUUCAUUUUGUUACUUGCAAUUCUUUCCACCACCAUAUGAUACUGAUGGUUGGGGACCUCAUGCGUACUUCCAGAUGCUGGCAGACUCUGGAAAUGCUCAGCCACCGUCCACUAACGCAAGUAAUCUUAAUGUGCAGCAAGCAGUGCAGCAAGCAGAUCGAACUGGAGAGUAUAUAUAUCCAUCAUCAUCAGGUUGUUGAAGCAUCACAAACCAGUAGUGGAGACACAAACCCCAUGCUAAAUGGUGGGAGAAUACACUAGCUCUAGGCUGUGAGUAUGCUGCGACUGCAGAAAGUAGUAAAGAGUCAGUGACCAGAUAGAUGUUCAUACUCUAGGAUCCGCGGAUGCUUGAAUUUUACUACAGAUUCUGAAAUCUAUAAUCCAUACCAUAUGUAGACCAUUUUUUUCUUCAUCUGGGACCAUCCCUUUUUUUGCUCAAGUUUGAUUAAUUGAUUUGUUUUAGGAUUUUUCUUGAUGUUCAUAUUACAUUGCUUCUAGAUGCUUGUUUGUCUGAAGAGUGAAGAGUCUUCAAGUUUGGACAUAUAUAUACAAGUGAUACAUUGCAAUUAGGCAAUUAAAUGGUUGUUUGAAUUGUACA